AUGGGAGAUUCUCAACAACAAGACACGAAAAAGAGGGCAAUCUAUGAACCGUGGACUAAGGAACAAAGCGAUGUAUUGUUAGAAAUUUUGGUUGAGUCUGCAAAACGGGGAUGGCGUGAUAAUAGUGGUAUAUUUAGCAAAGCUACUGUUGAAGAAAGAAUACUACCUGUUCUUAAUCAAAGACUUCAGUGUAAUAAGACUUAUAACCACUACCUAAGCCGUAUCAAAUGGUUUAAGACCCGUUGGACUGCUUAUUCAACACUCAUGAAGUUUAACUCUGGUUUUGGCUAUGACAACAACGCUAAAAAGUUCACGGCCCCGGAUGAAGUUUGGGAUGCAUACUAUCAGGCUCACCCAAAAGAUGCAUACUUGCGCCAUGGGAAUUGUCCGGAUUAUGAAGACUUGGAAAUUGCUGUUGGAAACGGUGUGGCGGUAGGGAAAAACUCAAUUGGAUUGGGUAGUGCUACUAAUGCUAGGACAUUAGGAGCUGAUGAAAAUAGAGUUCCGCACAUAGAGGAGUUGAAUUAUGAUGCUGAAACUGAGGCGUUUGUAGGACUUACUCAAGACGAUCCGCCAUCAUCUAGUUCCAAAUCACCUUUGGUAUUUCCUGAAGUCAUGAAUUAUGAAGAUAAAAUUGAAGAUGAAAUUAAAGAUGAAAUGGAAGAUGAACUUGAUGAUGAAAUUGACACAGAAAUGGAGCUUGAAUUUUGUGAUCAAGUUAGGCUUUUGAUGGAGGCAACUAAGGCAAUUAUCAUUUUAUUGGGAAAUAUUAUGGCGAUGCCUCCGACCAUUGACAACUCUUUGAUGCGAUGA